GUUGAUUCUCUGCCAGACCCCGAGUGGUGCCGAAGAGCUGAUCCAGACCGUUUUCUGGCCUCUCCUUUCCUACCCUCUUCCCGCCUUUUCCUCCUUCCUGUGACAGGAUGAGGCGUGCAGGCCUGGGUGAAGGAGCCGCUCCUGGGAAUUAUGGGAACUCUGGCUACGCUAACAGUGGUUACAGUGCCUGCGAAGAAGAGAAUGAGAGACUCACGGAAAGUCUGAGAAACAAAGUGACUGCUAUAAAAUCGCUUUCUAUUGAAAUAGGCCAGGAAGUUAAACAUCAUAAUACAUUAUUAGCUGAAAUGGAUUCACAGUUUGACUCAACAACUGGGUUUCUGGGUAAGACUAUGGGGAAACUGAAGAUUAUAUCCAGAGGGAGCCAAACCAGGCUGUUGUGCUAUAUGAUGCUAUUUUCACUCUUUGUCUUCUUUGUCAUUUAUUGGAUUAUUAAACUCAGGUGAUAUAUUUAAGUGUGAAUUUGGAAUUGUCCCAACUUUGGGCUUCGUGGAACACCACUUUGAUAAAAAUCAGCAUCAAGACAUCUCUCAUUUUCAAGUAUGACUUUUUCCAUUGAUGAAUUCAGGGCUCCGACCUUGUUUUAUCAAUCACAUUAGUGCUCUUUGAGUACCAUUUCUUAAUGACUCUGUUUUGCUCCUAUUUUCAGGGGCAUGGUGAUGGCUUGGAGUCAGGUUGACUCUAUUUUUCUCCCCUAUUGUUUGUCUAACAUCACAGUGGGUAGCAAUAUAAUAGUCUGUUAUGACCAUGAAUUGGGCUAAAGUUCCAUGAAAAGAACUUUUUAGUGGGACAUGAGCACAAUGUUUGGCGAACCCAGUGCUCUGCUCUGAUGAUGCAGAACAAUUGGUGAUAGAGGACCAGUAACUCCCUGAAGUCUCGCCAGCUGUGAUGAUGUUCUCCCUCCCCUUCUUUAUGUGUUACCUACAAUCUCUGUAACAAUUUCUCAUGAUGUAGCUUCUGCUUCCUGACUGUCCAAAACGUCAUUGUUUAAUAAAACUUGUUAUUGCGACAGAUUUCUCAUAAAGCCAAAUAUAAAUGUUACCAGUAUAAUUACUGUUUUAUAUUAACUUUAUAAAUCCCAAUGGCUUGAUUUAUAAUUGUUUUAUGACUUCAGCUACUUACUAUGGGCUGUUUGGUUAUUGUUUGCAACAAAACAAUGUGACGUUAAGUAAUUGCUAAGUUCUGAAUGGAAAUAAAUUGCUCAAGAAGAUUAAUUGUUUCUGCUUUAUUAUAUGCUCAAAAUAUAUAAGAAAAAUAUCAAGGGACUGACCUUGGAGUUGUAGAGAUUGUUGCAUUACGCCACUAUAUUUGUUUAUGGAAAGCAAAGCAUACAGUUGGUUUGUGGAAUAAUUAGAAAUAUUAAAAUAUUACUAGAUACUCUGUAUUGCUACUAUUUUGGAAGUUAUCAUCCAUUUGUAAGCUCAGAAAAUAAAAUUUUAAAUGAAAUAGUAAUAAACUUUGUUAUUUUUGCUUGUCUUUUAA